AUGGUGCAAGGAGGCGAAGGGAGCGACGGCUGCAUCCGGCCCUACCUGGCCCGGCGGCCCAAGCUGCAGCUAAGUGUUUACACGACCACACGAUCCAACAUAGGUACCGAGAAUAACAUUGAUCUGGUUUUGAAUGUGGAGAAUUUCGAUGUUGAAUCCAAGUUUGAAAGAACUGUGAAUGUGUCCGUACCAAAGAAAACACGGAAUAAUGGGACUUUAUAUGCGUACAUCUUUCUUCACCAUGCUGGAAUCCUGCCCUGGCAUGACGGGAAACAGGUGCAUAUUGUAAGCCCAUUGACUACCUACAUGGUCCCUAAACCGGAAGAAAUUAAUCUUCUCACUGGAGAAUCUGUCACCCAGCAAAUUGAAGCAGAAAGAAAGCAAACUUAUGCACUAGAUGAACCCGUCUCACAUUGGAGGUCCAGGUUAACCUUAAAUGUCAUGGUGGAAGACUUUGUGUUCGAUGGCUCUUCUCUCCCGGCGGAUGUGCAUCGAUACAUGAAAAUGGUUCAGCUUGGCAAGACAGUACAUUACCUUCCAAUACUGUUUAUUGAUCAGCUGAGCAACAGAGUGAAAGAUUUAAUGAUAAUAAACCGUUCAACAACAGAGCUGCCGCUUACAGUGUCGUAUGAUAAAAUAUCCCUGGGAAAGCUCCGAUUUUGGAUCCAUAUGCAAGAUGCUGUGUAUUCUCUGCAGCAGUUUGGCUUCUCGGAAAAAGAUGCUGACGAAGUAAAGGGAAUUUUUGUGGACACCAACCUCUACCUUCUUGCUCUGACAUUCUUUGUGGCAGCAUUCCACCUUCUCUUUGACUUCCUCGCGUUCAAAAAUGACAUCAGCUUUUGGACCAAAAAGAAAACUAUGAUUGGCAUGUCUACGAAAGCAGUGCUUUGGCGAUGCUUCAGCACCGUGGUCAUAUUUCUUUUCCUCUUGGAUGAGCAAACGAGCUUGUUGGUGCUGAUUCCAGCAGGUGUCGGGGCACUGAUCGAGCUUUGGAAAGUGAAGAAAGCCCUGAAGAUGACGUUCGAAUGGGGAGGGCUGAUGCCCAGAGUUAAGUUUGGAGACUUCACCGAAUCCGAAAAGAAAAUGGAGGAGUAUGACAACCAGGCCAUGAAGUACUUGUCAUAUUUGCUAUACCCAUUGUGUAUUGGAGGUGCAGCUUAUUCUUUGCUGAAUGUCAAAUACAAAAGCUGGUACUCAUGGUUGAUUAACAGCUUUGUUAAUGCCUCCCAGAUGCUCCUGUGCAUUUCCUUUUUCUUCCAGGCAUUCAACACUUUCAUUGAUGAUAUUUUUGCCUUUAUCAUCACGAUGCCAACAUCUCAUCGGCUGGCGUGUUUCAGAGAUGAUGUGGUGCUCCUGGUCUACCUUUACCAAAGAUGGCUUUAUCCUGUGGAUAAGAGCAGAGUGAACGAAUACGGAGAGUCUUAUGAAGAGAAGCCAAGAAGAAAGCCCCACAAGGAAUAAUCUGAGGACACUCUAGGAGUCUGCUGGGCCUGGGAAUCGGCUGCCACGUGUUUGACUUUUGGGGAGAGCCUCUAAGUACAAGAGUAUUCUUCAGAGCUUGUGACAGAACUUCACGGACAAUAGAUCGUCUGCAUUGCCAAAAUAAGUUUUGAUCGUCUGUGGAUCCAGCUGUCUUUUUAUUGUUUGCGCUGGUGUUCAAGAAGUCUGCCAAUAUUUUUGCCAGGUUUCAGUCAACCAUUUUAAAUUUCCAUGGAAGUUUCUACAUGCAUCUUAGUAGCAUCGAUCCCACAGAUCUGUUCAAGUGGUGGUGGUGGUGGUGGCGUCCUCUGGUGCAAAGCACCUUCCCCUGCCUUGCCCCGGAGGGAGGCACCCCGGCUAGUGAUCAGUUGAUGGGCCCCAUCCCUGUGUUAACUCACUGGGCAAUGGGAGGGGGGGCAUGCGCAUGUCCGCCUGGCCCCAGGGUGAUUGCGGGGUUGGCUGGAUGAUGCAAAUACGUGGAAGGAGGUUCCUGUGGCAUCAGAAAACGGCAUUGUGGAUUAUGGGGCUGGGGGUGCCCGCAUGGAUUGGUUCACCACCCAUUUGUGCCGUGGCCUGCGGGCUCUCUCCGGAUGUUCUUCCCUGCAUGGUGAGUUAAUGUGCAGACUGGCUGCACAGGGCUACUGUCUUGAACUGUCCAGCAAAUGUCAUUGUGAUAUGUAUAUUCUAGAACCACUUUUCUGGCUGCAAGAACUACAAGUUAUAUUGUGAAUAAUGUUGAAAAGACAAAAAAGCAGACCCUUAAAACCUUUGUAUAGGGAAAACAAGUUUUUACUCUUCACUGGACCAAUCCCUGGGCACAGUCCGUUCCACUGGGUGGGAGAGCAGCUCAUGCUUACACACUCCCCCUCUGAAAUCAUCGGAAGUUAAAAAGAAGGGUCUCUUCGGCUAC